CUGUCAUUAUAUACAGUUGUAGACAUAUCAAGAGAUUAGAAUGAGCGAUUGUCAAAUAAAAACCUGUAUAAAUAAUUAUCGAACAAAAGAAUCUAGAAUUAUACAUUUCCACCGCUUCCCAAAAAAGUCAGCGUUAUUAUCAGAAUGGAAGAAAGCUUGUGGGAGACAAGAUGUCAAUGUUAAAAAUGGACGCAUCUGUUCCUCCCAUUUUGAGUCAACUGCAUACAAAGAGUACCAGUUAGACCAAUUACCAAAGAAAAGAAGAUUAAAACAUAAUGCAGUACCCACACUGAAUUUAGAAUUAUCAUUCAAUGAAGAUCUGGAUAAAUCUGCAAUAGUAUCAGAUACUGUGAUGAAUACAGUAAAGUCUAAAGAGCAGAUAGAAGCUUUAACCUCAAGACAUUCAUUAAAUUUGAACGAGCAAAUUACACCACAUAGUGAUCAUAGUAACUCUCAAACACCAGUAUCUUCUAUGUCUGGAAACUUGCCGAAAAACUUCUUGGACAAAUCGCCGACGGAAAUUGGCGAAAAUAGACCCGUUGAAUCAAGAGAGAACAAGAGUUUAGAAAAGCAGUGUGUUAACGACAACAACAGAAGGGAGUAUGAGAUUAGAGAAAAUGAGAUAGGAAGAGAACAACAAAACGAAAAAGAGAGGAACAAGAUUAGCAAGCAUCUUUACAAAGAGGAUCAGGACGCAGGUAGCCAGAGUGAACAAAAAGUGAAUACUAAGGACAGGUUCAAAAUCUAUGAAUGCGAUCAUUGUGAUUAUGCAUUUCUUCUGUAUGAAAUGCUAGUGUUGCACAUUCAGCGCGUCCAUCGCAAUCGCCAAUACGAGUGCAGUAACUGCAAGAAACGCUUUUUCAUUCUAUCGGAUUUGCACAAGCAUCUAUACACACAUUUAAAGAAGAAACGGUUCUCGUGCUCGAUAUGUCAGAAGGAGUUCAUACGGAUGAGUCAGCUGCAAAGACACAAGAAAAUACAUACAAUGGCGAAUGAAAUGUAUUAUGCUUGUCAGCAUUGCAGUAACAAGUUUAGCUCCAUUGAAGAAUGGAAGAAGCACGAGAAUUUGGAGCAUAAGACAAUGCAGCUGUUUCAAUGUGACAUCUGUUACCAUUUUGUAUACAAACAGAGCUUGCAACAGCAUAUGAUGCUGCAUGAGGGCAACCCGUUCACAUGCAACUACUGUUCAGAGAUCUUUAACACUAAGUCAUUGCUAAACCAGCAUUUGCUUACUCACAUUGGUAUCCGACCACAUGUAUGUGAAGUUUGUCUGAAGACGUUUUCUCAACAACAUUAUUUGAACAAACAUUUAAAAGUUAACCAUAGUGAAUUGAAGAAGACGGAGAAGCAUCACAGUGAUGCGCAAUCUGAGGCUCAACAAUUAAAUGUCUGCAGCUUGCCAACUCCUACCCAAAAAUACACACAAAGUUAUAAUUUCUAUUUCAUAUAA